AUGUAUACAUAUUAUAUAUAUGUAUAUGUAUAUAUAUAUAUUAUACAUUGUAUACCAUCCAAAUGCCAUUUUCUAGAUGUACAUAUUUAUGUUUAUAUUAUUUUACAAAUGAAUAGGAACAUUACAGCAAGUGACAAUUUGAGUGGUUCUUCCUUUUCUGAUUAUGAUAAAAAUUUAAGAUACGAAAAUAAAUUUCCAAAAAAUAAGAAACAAAAUAAAGGGGUUAAAAAUGAUAAUAAAAAUAAUACAAACAAAAGUGAAGAGUCAAAAGAAUGUGGUAAAAUAAAUUUGAAUAUAGAAAAUAAAGAUGAUAAUAUUAAGGGUCAGAAGAAAAUAGUUUCAAGCUUAUCACACAACAAAAGUGAUUUUGAAAAUAAAAAAAUAAAAUAUGAUUCAUAUGAUAGUUCUAUCUCUAUUUCAUCAUUUAGUAUGAAUAGUAGUAAGUAUGAUGAAGAUAAAAAGGGUAACAAAAAAAUAAAAGAUGACAAAAAAAUAAAAGAUGAUAAAAAAAUAAAAGAUGACAAAAAAAAUAACAAAAAAAAUUAUGAAAAUAAAGGAAAGAAAAAAAAAUACAAAAAUAGUUAUAGUAUUAGUGAUGAUUAUAGAACUAGUUUUAGUAUUAGCGAAGAAUAUAAAAAUAGUCCUAGUAGUGAUGUGUCAAAUUUGAAAAGGAAAGGGUAUAAAAAAAAACAAAAUAAUAAAAAUAAAGAUGAAUAUACAAAGAAAACUGACAAGAAAAAAAACAAAAAAAAAAAUGAUUAUGAUAAAUUAAGUAGCAUUAGUCUGUCAAGCUUUUAUAGUGAUAAACAAAGUGAUUAUAAUAAAUAUCGAACAAAUUCAAAAAGUAAGUCGAAAAAAAAGGAUAAAAAUAAAAACCAUUAUACAAAUUCUGAAAAAAACAAACUUGAAAAGCGCGAAAAAUAUACAAACAAAGACAAACAUUAUGACUUACGAAAGAGAUAUAGUGAUUCGUAUGCAACCAGUAUAGAAUCCCUUAAAUCGAUCAACUUUGAAAAAAAAAAAAAAAAAUCCGAGAGAAAAUCCGAGAAAAAAUCCGAGAAAAAAUAUGAGAAAAAAUCCGAGAAAAAGUGUGAGAAAAAAAAAUACAGCAAGGAUAGAUAUAGUUCAAGUGAUAGUCAAUUUUCUACUUCUGAUGAUUAUACGAAAAAUAGAGAUCGAGAAUACCAUGAUCGAUAUUUUCGAAAUAGAGAAAUGGAUGAACAUAAGAAAUAUGAGAAGAAAAUAAGAUAUGGGGAAAGAGAAAAAUAUGAAAAAAAAUCCAAAAAUGAUAAUAAAAAUUUAAUAAAAAAAUAUGGAAAAAGAAAAUAUAGUACAAGUAGAUCUAUAUCAUAUAGUAAUAGAUAUUCUAUAGAAUCUAAAAAUUAUAAAAGAAAAAGACAAUCAUAUAGUAGUGAUAAAUUAGGAAAAUGUGAUGUUUCAACAUAUUAUAGUACAAGAGAUGGUAUAAAAAAAAUUCGAAAAAAAAAAAAUUCAAAUAAUAUAAAUAUAAUAAAAUCAAGUCAUAGUUUUAGUGAUUAUAGUAUAAAUUAUAGAUUAAAAAGAAAUGUUUCACAAGAAAUAAUUUGGAAAAAAAAUAAAAAUAUUUAUAGGCAAAAUGAUAAUAUAUCAAUAAAAUAUCAAAAUAAAAAAAAAAAUUAUGAACGUGUUAAUAAUUAUAAUAAUAAAAAUUUUGAAAUGCUAGGUGUGCAACUUCGUUGUAAUAAAAAUUAUAACGAACAUGAUAAUCAAAUAUUUGGAAUAACAAAAUAUGAAAACAAUAAUAAUAAUGAUAAUAUUAUUGGAAUAAUAAAUCGUGAAAAAACUUGUCCAUUUCUUUUACGAUUAUUUUAUAAAACAAAUGUAGAAUAUACUAGUGUUGACGAUAUUGACCUGAACAUGUCAGGUAUAAAUAAUAACGAAUUACAAAUAUAUGCAUGGAUAGAUAUAACAAUGCGAGAGAUUGUUACUCUUGUUAAAGAUUUUUAUGAAGAAGGAAGAAAAAGAAAUGCCCAAUGGAUUUUUAAUAGAUAUUCUUUUGAAAAAAAACAAAUUAAUUUUCUUUCAAAAGUUCAUAGCAUCAAACAUAAUUACAAGGAGGAUAACAAAACUUUGCUUUCUCUUAAUUAUGAAAUAGGAGAUAUAAUAUUAUUAUCAAUUAUGUUUGACAAAUAA